AUGUCUGUCGAUCUUGAUCCAAAGUAUAUCUACCGAGGGGUAUGGAGGAAUGUGGAUCGUGGAGCAAUCAUGGGCAAGACUCUCACGACCGAUUCACAGACUGGUGCAUUACUAGUCGCCAUUCUAGCUGUACUGAUAACCCUUGGUACUGCCCAUCUCUGGCAUCUUGUCUCCUUUGUUGUGUACCAGAUACGAGCAGAUGGACGUCCCAGGGACGGUAUGUUCCGGCAACAACAAGCUCUGUUGCGUACUCUCCCAUCGCCAAGUACGAUCAUGGCCGAUACAGUCAAACUAUGGUGGGCCUGGAGACGACACACGAAAAACCCCUUUCUGCGGAACCUCGUCCUGUUCUCACUGGCCUUGCUGACCACUGCCGGAACGAUCUCCGCCAGUAUCUUUUCGUCGUUCAUUGUGGAUAGCUCAGACUUGGUCGUUCUUGUUGACUCGCCAUUCUGUGGAGCUCCGUUGACCGACCGCCUGGCAGGUGGUGCUGGCUAUAUGAACGCCGUCUUGUCGGCAGGCAUCAAACUAGGUCCGCAAUGUCAGAAAGUGUUUGAUAAUGUCAACAACACCAUGCCCAAAGCAUGCGGUGCGUUUUACAAACACGCUAUUGGAAUGGAGGGCAACACAACCUUCGGGCCUUGUCCAUUUGCGAAGGAUAUGUGCACACCUGAAGCCCCAGAAGAGGCCGUCCACAUGGAUUCGCGUCUUUUGGAUGCCAACAAAGAUUUUGGCAUGAACUUGCCAGCCGACAGUCGGGUCCAAUUUCGAAGGAGGAGUACCUGUUCGGUCUUGUCUCUCAAGGGGCGUACGAAAAUCCAUAAUGUCUCGGAUCACUUCAUGGAGUUUGGUAGGACAGAGCUCAUGCCCGGUGAACAAGCAAUCUCCAUGAACUAUGGUGCGGUUGGCGAGAGAAACUUCACUACCAUGACCAGUCUUUUGAGAACAAACGUAACAUUCACUUUUGAUCAAGGCGGUCUAAGGUACUUUGCAAACUCGGGUCUUCCGGUCCCUAACGAGAUCGAUCUCAUUCCGGAGUUGCGGAGGAACGACGGCGACACUAUAUUGAAAACGAUUGGGCUAAACGGACUAAGAUAUGUUUUUCCAGUCGACGAUCCGCUGUUCUCAGCACACAAACCCUACACUGGUAUCCUCGCUCUCUCAGACACUGGAGAGGUUCGAAAUAUCACCACCUACUCACACGACGAUCCUCUGAAGGCGAUUGGUUGUCUACAGCAGUACCAAUUCUGCCACGCCCGUCCAUCUAAAAAAGACUUCUGUACCGACCUGAUCCCUCUGCCGGCAAACGCCACCGCAGGGGACUUUCCCUACGCAAACAAACUCCAGCAGACGGUCAUCCAGCUCUUCCUCAACACGAGCUACUACUUCGAUUCCUCCAACCCCACAAACGACUUCGCAGUCCGAAGCAUGGCUCUCCCACCCUCCAAGUCCAUAGUUCCUUACGUCGACGACGGAAUGUGGUAUUUACAGCUGCUCGGCUGGGAGAGAAGCAUAUGGGCCACGAUCCAGAUAGCCGUAAUGGACUGGGCCAUCGGGCCAAACGUGCGCGAGGGCCAUACUGGGAACUGGACGCGUCCGUCGACAGCAGCCGAGAAGCAGCUAUGCAAGAUGCAGAGGAUGAGGGUUUCGGGCCACGUCGUUAACAUCAACGUCUUUGCGCUCGCCUUCAUCAUCGCUUUCUCCUCCCUAAUCACCAUAGUCGAUAUCAUGAUCCUGAAAUUUCUCGUCUACCUCAGCCGCUUCCGACGUGCACUCGCUCCGCGCAUCGAUCGGUGGAUCCAAGACGGCAUAUGGCAACUGCAGCGACGGGCCUACGAAGGCGAGGGGUAUCGCAACUGGGUUAAUCUGGAAGAAGAGAUACCACUCACGAAGCAGGAGCAGAAGUUGAAGGAUCUGCCCAUUCUGUGGUUGCCGGGUAAGAGCCCUGAGGUUGGGCUUGGGGCGGCGUUUGCGUCGACGGAUUCGCUGGCUUCUCAACACACGCUACCGAUGGUUCGGGUGCGGGAUGAGGAGUCUACUGGGACUGCGAAAAAGCGUGGGGUGGGGUGGUUGAGGUUCUUUCGACGCUGA